AUGCCAGAGGGCCCAUCAGUGAGGAAAUUCCAGUUGCUGACCUCCCCUUUUGUGGGACAAGUGGUGGCCAAGGUGGGGGGAAGCAGCCGGAAGAUCAAUGUGAAUGACCUGAAUGCCCUGAGGCUCCAGGACUCCCAGGUUCAUGGAAAGAACUUGUACCUGGCAUUUGUUGCAGCUGAAGGUCCCUUAGGACCACCUGCAGAAGAGACAGUGCUGCAAAGAGAGGCUGCUAGCGGGGGAGGUUCUCCUGCCCAGGAAGGGCAAGAACAGGUUUGUGCUCCGCAGGAUGAGGAGCUGCAGGAACUCCACCACUCAAGAGCCGAACCACCAGAUGCAGCAGAGGAUCGAGGCAACUGGCUUCGUGUCCAUUUUGGCUUAUUUGGCAGCAUUCGGGCAAAUGAGUUCUCAAGAGCGAAAAAAGCCAAUAAGAGGGGAGACUGGAAGGACCCCACACCCAGGCUGGUUCUGCACUUUGAGAGUGGAGGUUUUCUUGUUUUCUACAACUGCCGAAUGCACUGGUGCUCCUCUCCAAGGGCUGAUCCUGCUUCUGACAUCCUGUCUGUGGAGUUCCACCGUGGCCGGGCGCUGGAUGCCCUCCGUGCACCCAAUCCCAUCUGCUACACCCUCUUAGACCAAAGAUACUUUUCAGGGCUGGGCAACAUCAUUAAGAAUGAGAUCUUGUACCUGGCCAAGAUCCAUCCGUUAACACGAGGCUCUCUCUUGCCUCUCUCGGAUCUGGAGCGUCUGCUUGACUGUGCCGUUCGGUUCAGCGCUGACUGGCUGCACAGCAAGCUGCACGGCAAAGGGCUGCACCGGCAGAUCUACCAGAAGGAGCAGUGUCCUCUUGGGCAUCCAGUGAUGAAGGAAACCCUUGGACCCUCAGGUGGCUUUAAGAGACUUACUUGGUGGUGUCCUCAGUGCCAGCCUGCGGUGCUGUCAGAGGAUGGGGAUCCUUCCCCAGGCACUGAGUGA